CAUCAUCUAGUCACCAUUCGUCAUACGGCUGCGACAGUGUUCACUUCCAACAUGGCGUCAUCCAGACUGGAGAUUAAUUUUAUCAGAUUGUUGUCCCGCUGUGAAUCCAUGGCGUCGGAAAAACGAGGGGAAGCGGAAUGGAGAUUGGAGAAGUAUGUUGCAGCUCUGGAAGACAUGUUGGUGGCUCUGAGGAAAAACCCAAGCAAACCAACACAAGAGGUCCUGACAGAAUAUACAAGAAAAGUCGAUUUUCUAAAAGGACUUCUGAAAGCAGAGAAGCUGCCGUCACCAACAGAAAAGGCUUUAGCCAAUCAGUUCCUUGCUCCAGGUCGUACGCCUACGAUAGCCAAUGAGAGGAUGCCAGCCACUAAAACAGUUCACAUUCAGUCGAAGGCCAGAUGUACAGGGGAGAUGAGAGACGAGCUGCUCGGCACGCGGUUGUCUGCUAAAGGUACGACGGAUGGAGACCUAAGAAAUAGAAGAGGCCUUCCUCUGGAUGAGCGCCAGUCGGCAGCCGAGCUGGACGCCGUCCUGCAACACCAUCACAACCUGCAGGAGAAACUGGCAGAGGACAUGCUCAACCUAGCCAGGAAUCUGAAGAACAACACUCUGGCAGCUCAAAACAUCAUCAAACAGGACAAUCAGACCUUGAGCCAAUCUAUGCGUCAAGCUGACCUUAACUUUGAAAAGCUGAAGACGGAGUCUGAGCGGCUGGAGCAGCACUCCAAGAAGUCUGUGAACUGGCUGCUGUGGCUGAUGCUCAUCCUGGUCUCCUUCACUUUUAUAAGCAUGAUCCUCUUCAUCAGAAUCUUCCCCAGACUCAGAUGAUGACACAGCCUGGCUCCAAUCCUCCGUUUUACCUGCUGGGCUUCAGAUCAGCUGUGAGCGGAACGGAACAGGCCAGUUAAACUGACUGAAAUGUCCGAAGGUGCAGGAGCAGCCAUCAGCUGUCUGCUCUCAGCUGUGUUGGAUUAAUCCACGCGGCGCCCGCUCGAGGUCGGAGCCGUUGGACCCUAAUCUUGCAUCAUUAAAUUACAUGAAGUUAAAACACUUUUUUGUUUAUAGAAAUCUCUGAUCCCUCAUUUAAACAUUUACUGCCUUAUUAACAGUGGGGGGGAUGAUGCAGGCUAGGGUAUUUGUAAUCAGACGAAUCUAAAGACUUCCAGCUUUUGACUUGGUUCAAAUCUAUAACUGCUGCAGUUCAUAAUGGUUUGUUUUAGAAUACACUAAUGGUGGAAAAAAAAUCAAAGACUUUCUGUGCUGUUUAAUGUUUUCACCUCCAUUAUUUAAACCAACGUCAAUCCAGUGCAUUGUUCAUGUUUUCUGAUUGUGCCUGGUUAGCAACGAUCAAGGAAGUUUUUAAAAUUAAAGAUUUGAUGUCAUGCACACACAUCUGUGCCCAGAUGUUUCUUUGGUUUGAUGUUGUAAUUGUAUAGGAUCAGUUCAGAAAGUACAACCUUUGAAUAACUUUUUGGAGUUUAGGGGAGGGGCCUCGGAAGUUUAGGUUGGUUUUACUCGCCCUGUAACUAAUGUGCGUCUCUAGAAAGAUGGAGGUUUGGGAGGAAAAGCUGUAGAUUCUGAUCAAAUAAAGCGGGAAAACACAAAUACAUGGCACCCAAUUCAUGUGGGACUUUUGGAAGCUUUA